AGUAUAUUGUGCCCCAGCAUUACAUAUAUAAGACCAAAGUAACUCUUUCCACCUUAGAAAAUUCUAAUAGUUACAAAGUAAUUUAACUAGAAACAGUGAAACUCAGCAUUCGUAGAGGUAUUCACGAAAACAACAGUACCUACAACAACAGUCUUAAGGCAAUAGUCGAAAUAAUGAACACAUAUCUACUCCUCUUUGUCGCAUUCGCUAUUCUUGCUGUUCAACUUCCAAGCACUCUUGGAUAUUCAGAGGCUGAUGAACUUGAUGCCUUCCCAGAAUAUCAGACUUACGGUUAUCCAUCAGCCUACAAUCGAUUUGCUGAAUAUCGUAAACGUGGAAUUCGUAACAUGCGAAUGGGAAAACGUUCAGAGUAUCAUCCAGUGAAAGCAAUUUCAACAGAAUAAAUUGGCUAGUUAACAUUCUGAUGACUAACAUUACGAAAAUAAAUAAAUAAACAAACAAACAAAAAAUUAUGAUUAGAUAAAUUCAUACUAAUGUUGUUAUGUUGGUAGAUGAAAUGUUUGUUAUCACUCAAAGAAUAAUGAGCACGUCUCGACUUGAUUGUCUAUGUGCAUGUAUGUGUGUGUGUGUUAUGUGUGUAGUAUAAGUACUGCAUUUAUCUACUGCUUUCCAGUGAAUUUGUGAAACAUUUAAAAUUUAAUAGAAUUGGAAAUAAUGAUUUAAAAAGC